AUGGCGGAGGAAGAGGAGCAGGUCUUCGACUUCGGCUCGAAGAAGAAAAAGAAGACCAAGGACAAGAAGGAGAAGGCGGACAAGGAUGAAGGUGCCAAGGAGGAAGGCGAAGUGAAGCUUCAAGGUGUUGAGGGUUGGACGCAAGGCGAGCUGCACCCUUACAAGGACCUGCUGGAGCGUCUGUACAAGAUCAUCGAGGAGCACAACCCCGAGGUGGGGAACAAGGAGCGCUACAUCCUGAAGCCGCCCCAGGUGGUCCGUGUCGGCUCCAAGAAGGUUGCCUGGGUGAACUUCUCCGAGAUCUGCAGCAUGAUGAAGAGGCCGGUGGAUCACGUGGUGCAGUUUGUGCUAGCCGAGUUCGGCACCGAGGGCUCCGUCGCUGGCAGUGCCACCACGCGUGCAGAGGGCCAAGGCCAAGACGGCCAGCUGGUCCUCAAGGGCCGCUACCAGCCCAAGCAUUGCGAGUCUCUGCUCCGGAAGUACAUUAAGGAGUACGUGACCUGCGAGAUGUGCAAGUCGGCCAGCACCACGCUUCGGAAGGACCCGUCCACCCGCCUGACGAUGGUCGAGUGCUCGAAGUGCGGCGCCACACGGACGGCGGCGUCCAUCAAGGCCGGCUUCCACGCCGUGACGCGCGGUGACCGUAAGGCGGCCAAGCAGCUCAAGUAG